AUGAUUGCCACUUGUUGCACCUCCUCCAGUGGCGAACCUAUCGAAAACCCAAUCCGUCGUCACCGUCGAAGGAGGAAUCAACUCUACGUUCUGAAACAUAACCGUUUUCUCGUUAACCGGAAGAGAAUCUUGGAGAAACAUGGAAGUGACGAGUCUUUGUUGCUGAAGCUUCUGGUGCAAAUCUUGGUUAAAAGAACUCAAAGACUCGAUAGAAGACGAGGCAAGGUUGAA